AUGGGCUGGAAUACAAAAUCCAAACAAGAGUUGCAAAAUUUCACUAUUCAGAAUAUUAUAAAUCUGGCAACAUCGCUGGAUGCACAAUUGAUAGAGCUAUGUGAAAAUAUAUACGCAGGAGGCAAAAUUGAAUGCGAAGUAUACAGAUGUAGAAUUGAUAGCAAAUAUAUCAGGAAACGUAUAUCCGAAAAUCAAAGUUAA